CAACAGAAUUCCCAGUUACUUCCAAAUUCAACGGUUGUUUAACAUUCAUCUCUGCUCCACGUGACAACAUUGGUUUUCCUAGUUUCAUUCAUUAAUUGUUUCGCGGCCGAUCUAGAGAUCUCUGGACCAAUCAAAGUGAUUUGCCCCGAUUUGACAUUUGAUAGUUGAUACAUCGUUGCCGACGCGAUAUCGUCCGAGGUCUACGUGAGUUUAGUGUCGAAAAAGUGUUUUUCCUAGUUUUUUCUGAAUAUUUUGAUAAAAAAACAUUUAUAAAAUGGUUCGUAAGUGUCAUGCAUGUGGUAAAUUGGACUCAUACAACCCCAAUUUGAGUUUUCACAGAUUUCCUUCUGAUAUUGAGAGAAAGAAUAUAUGGCUUUCAAUUUUGGGCUUAGAUGAUACAAGAAACUUGCCACAGAAUAUGUUCUUAUGUUCAGAACAUUUUGAACCCAAAGAUUUUGGUUUUCGGGUGAAUGGUACCAAAUAUCUUAAAAAUGAUGCCAAUCCUAUUCUAAUGAAACAAUUCUUUGGACUUACGUCUUCAAGCUCCAGUUCCACUGUGAAUGAAACUCCCCCAAGUGCUAAAAGAGAUCAACUUCCAUCCCUUGAUGAAGAAAUUUAUCAGAAUAUAGAUGCUAUUGCUUGUUCUCCGAAGAGAAGUGUAGAAAAUAUUGAAUUUCCUGUUGUAAAACUGGAACAACCAGUUGAAAAUUUCGAUUUAAUGCCUUCCAGCUCUACCGAGAAACCAACUUCAUCUAAAAUUAGAAGGGGAAGAAAGAGGGCUUAUGUGGGAGAAAUACAUACCAGUGAUUUUUCUACACCUGAGAAAAGGAAAAGGAAUAUGAAUAUUAUAAGGAAGAGAGUACAGAGCCAAAAUAAAAAGAUUCGCAUAUUACAGCAGUCUGUUCGAAGGAUGAAGCAUAAAAUAACCUCCAUGAAAACAUUGCUAGACUAUUUGAGAGAAAAAUCGCUUAUAUCAGAAUCUGCCGAAGUAACUAUAUCUGCAUCUGUCAAUCCUGGAGCUGCAAGUGAUUUAUUCCAAAGAAUGUUGAAAGGAAAGCGUAGCCAAAAAUAUAAUCCAACAUUGAGAGCCUUUGCAUUAACUUUGGCCUUCUAUUCACCCAAAGGGUACAAUUUUGUUAGAAAAACCUUCAACAACAGCCUACCUCAUUUAGAAACUAUCUCAAAGUGGUACAGAUCUGUGGAUGGUAGUCCAGGAUUCAAAAAUGAAGCAUUAACUGCCUUGUCUCUAAGACAAAAAGACUGGGUUUUCUACAUGAAAGUGGAAUUAAAGUAAUUUCGUUAACUUUUGAUGGUGCUCCUUCAAACUUUUCAAUGGCUGAAAUAUUGGGAGCAGAUUUCAGUGAUCCAUCAAAUUUGCGAACCAAAUUUGAGUGCCCUUUUAGUCAGCAUGAAAUAUUCAUUAAUCCUGAUG